UCUCAAAUCUCACUGAAAGCACAUGGCAUGCACCUUCCACACAUAAUGCAGAGCGUCGGUGGAGAUCCCAGCAGGAGCACCAUGCAUUCGCAGCGGUUUGAUUAGCAUGAAGAGUCUUGGACCGUUGGAUGGCAAGAGCUCAGCAUUGUUCAAGCACGCAUAUUAGUGAAUGUUGUGUGCUGGUAAUCCCACAUUGAAAGCUGAAAAUCAGCGGAGAUCUCAGGGUUGUGUUGUUUGAGCACUCCUCAGCUCCAACUUUGAGUCCGGAGAGACAUUUCUGCUUUUAACAGAUCCAGGAUUCCAUAUUUCUCUCCUCUGUUUCCUGCUCCAUCAAUCUCUUUCACAUUCCUCUCGAGAUGAAAAGAAAAGAACCCACUCAUUCAGAAGAUCCAAUCUAUGGGGAGUCUUCCUCAUCGACCUCUCCACAAGUAGGUGAUUAUGAAGGCGGAACCAAAAGGCCGAAAAGAAAUUAUUGCCAAGUGUUCUUGAGCUUUAGAGGGGAAGACACUCGCAAAGGAUUCACCGAUCAUCUUUAUAGUAGCCUUGACGAUGCAGGAAUUCGGGUGUUUAGAGACAACAAUGAGCUCCCUAUUGGUGAGAAGAUUGGUCCGGAGCUUCUUUGUAGUAUUGCAAAUUCUAAGAUCUCGAUCCCGAUUAUUUCGGAGAACUAUGCUUCAAACAAAUGGUGCCUCUGCGAGCUGGCUGAGAUGUUGAAGUGCAAGAGAAGUAAAGGGCAGAUAGUGUUGCCCAUAUUUUACAAAGUGGAACCCUCACAGGUGCGACAUCCGACAGGGAAAUGGAGAGAUGCUAUCGAUGCCAAUAAAAAGAAUAUGGACGAAAUGGUUGUGAAGGAAUGGGAAGAAGCACUCCAAGAAGUCAGCUCAUUGAAAGGAUGGGAAUCGGAGAAAAUUAAUAAUGGGCAUGAAGGAACAUUGGUUAAAUUUGUUGUUAGAAAAGUUUUGAGCGAGUUAAAAAGACUUUUCCAGCUAAGUGUUCCUAAACAGUUGGUGGGAAUUGAUGAUCAUGUGGAACAAAUUACGAGUUUGAUAAAUGCUAACUUCAAUGGUACACGGAUUAUUGGAAUUUAUGGAAUGGGCGGCAUCGGUAAGACAACUCUUGCAAAGGUGUUAUACAACAAGCUCUCUAGUCAUUUUGACUGUCGUAGAUUCGUGGCAAAUAUUCGAGAAACAUCUCAGCGCAAGGGUAUUGAAUAUGUACAAAAGCAACUCAUUUCUACUGCAAGAGAAAAUUUUGAUGAUGUGUUUAAUGUUGAUGAGGGAAUUGGUAAAAUCAAAUCUCUAUUUACAACCAAGAAUGUCCUCAUUCUUCUUGAUGACAUGGAUGAUGAUACUCACUUGAAUGCUUUGGUCGGAGACGGUACUUGGUUUACAGCAGGAAGUGUAAUCAUCAUCACAACUAGAAACAAGAGUAUUCUUGACAAGGUUGGGGCAAGCCCCAUGUAUGAACUCAACGAGUUGCCUUCAGAUCUAUCGUUGAUUUUAUUUAGUAGACAUGCAUUUCGACAGGAUUACCCUCCAAGUGAUUAUGAGGUUAUCUCUCGUGAUAUUGCAUCCAUUACUGGGGGGCUUCCCUUAGCUCUUGAAGUUAUAGGUUCAUUAUUGUGUGGAAAGAAAAAAGGAGCAUGGGAAGAUACAUCAAAGAAAUUGAGGAAAAUGCCUAAUAAGAAAGUGCAAGAGACGUUGAAGAUAAGUUACGAUGUAUUAGAUUUUGAUGAACGACAGAUAUUUUUGGAUAUUGCAUGUUUUUUUAUUGGAUCAUGUCAACAAAGUCCGACUUAUAUGUGGGAUGCUUGUGAUUUUUUUCCUGGGAUGGGGAUCGAAGUAUUAAGUCUUAGGUCCCUAAUUAAAAUUGACAAAGACGGCACGCUAAUUAUGCAUGAUCAACUGAGAGAUCUUGGAAGGGAAAUUGUUCGUCUAGAAAAUCUAGAGGAGCCUCAAGAGCGUAGCAGAUUGUGGAUUUAUGAAGAAGCCCUAGACGUGCUCGACAACAAGAAGGGCACUAGAAAGAUUGAGGCACUUUCUCUUGGGAAAUGUGGUAAGGGAAGAAGAUACACAGCUGAACAAUUUAAAGAAAUGACCAACUUGAGGUUCCUUCUAGCGGAUGGUGCGAAUUUCACUGGAGAUUUCCAAAGCUUACUUCCUAAAUUAAGAUGGCUUCAAUGGUUGGGAUGUCCCUCGAAUUUUACUGCAGCAAACUUUCAUCCAAAGAAAUUAGUUGUACUCGAUCUAUCACGCAGUGCGAUUUCGGAGGACUGGGGAGGAUGGGUUCCACUCAAGAUGGCAACCGAGCUCAAAGUUCUCAACCUCAAGAAUUGUCUAUCAUUGAAAAGAACUCCCGAUUUGUCUGCUUUCAAAAGCUUGGAGAUUUUGAUUCUUGCAUGUUGUAGGAAUCUGGAAGAGAUUCAUCCUUCUAUUGGGGACAUCAAGACCCUCAUUUCCUUGGAUGUCUCUAGUUGUGAAAGACUCAAGGAGCUACCGACAAGAAUAGGUAGAAUGGUAGAAUUGAGGGAGCUUCGUAUAAAUGACACCGAUAUACAAGAGAUUCCUAUUUCGAAAGGUUGUUUGAUGAAGCUGGAGACUUUGUGUGUCUUGAAUUGUCAACGACUUUCUCAACUUCCUGAACUCAUGGGCUCCUUUGUUUCGUUAACUCUAUUGGACUUAUCUUGGUCAGCAAUUGAAGGAUUACCCGAAUCCAUUAGUUCCAUGAAGGAGCUCGAGAUCCUGAAUGCCCAUCAAUGUAGACUGUUAGCUUGCAUACCUAGCUCCAUAGGCGAUCUAGCAUCUCUGCAAAGCUUGUUCUUAUGUCGCUGCUCCUCGUUGACAGAAAUCCCCGACUCGAUUAAAAAAUUGGCAUCAUUGACCGAGUUGGACUUAGGAUACACAUCGAUUACGAAAUUACCUGAAGGCAUUGAGAAUAUGCCAAAUUUGAGGGUCUUGGAAAUUAGUGGAACUAACAUAACGGAAUUGCCUAAUGCCAUUGGGAAGUUGGCAAAACUCCAAAAGUUGGGAGUUGAAAAAUGCGAAAAACUAGAACGACUACCUAGUAAUAUGUGCGAAUUAGUUUCGCUAAAGGAGCUUUCUUUAGACAAGUCAAGCAUUUCGGGCUUGCCAGGAAGCAUUUCUAAGCUCUCUUCUCUCCAAGUGCUCGGCGUUGGAUAUUGUAUAAAGCUCCGAGAACUACCGAAAUUGCCCUCCGGCUUAAUAGCUCUAAGGAUCACUUGCCAGAGGCCGCCGUUGCCCCAUCUUUCCCGGCUAACCCGUCUCAAGACACUCACUCUUUCUAAUUGCCCUUGGCUUGAAUGUGUCCCAGAGCUUCCCAUUGGACUAUCGGAGCUUACUAUUGUAGAUUUCGGAAAAUUGAAAGCGUUCACGAAUUUGUCAAACUUGAAGCACUUAUCAUAUUUGUGUCUCUACCGGUGCUUUGAUUUCACAGAAGUCACCGGUGUGGAAGGCUCACAUUGCCUAUCCAACUUACCUGCAGGGCAAUGCCCUAAGAUAUCUAGGAUCGAUGGGAUUGAAGAUUCUUCGAAGUUAAUGAGCCCAAAUGCAUCUCAGCUUGAUGAGUUGCUAGAUCAUUCCAAUUCGAAGAUUCUGCAAGGAACAGACCCCGCAAUAAGUUGCGUGAAUUCGGUUGAAAUCCAAGGCCUUGGUAGAUCAAAAUCCUCACAAGUGUCGGACAUCUUUAAGUGUACGUCCGCCGAACGAUCGCUAGACUUUUCAAGUUUUAAAUAUCUAAGAACCCUCCGUGUUUGGAAUUGCAGUGUAACUGAAAUUCAAGGCCUCGAUGGAUCAGAAUCCUUGAUAGAUUUGAAUAUUAUAAAUUGCCGUUCCCUUAAAUCAGUGGACCUUUCGAAUUUAAAGAAUCUGCGGCAUUUUUAUUCUGGGAGUUGCAAAAAUUUAGUUGAAAUUCGAGGGCUUGAGGGAUUAGGACCCUUGCGAGUUUUUCGUAUUUCUGGAAGCCCGUCUCUUAGACAAUCACCGGACCUGUUGCGUUUAACUUCAUUGGCGACGGAGGUGUGAUGGUGAUGAUGGGGGGAUCCGCUGAAG